CAGCCACUCACUGUGCCUGAAUGAAAAAUGCCACUGGGUGCAGACGACUCUAUGAUCAGUCUCUGAACGUGAAACUUCAGUUAAAGUCAAACAGGAGGUCAGAUACUAUCAAGAACAGCUGAAUGUCUUCCUCUUGACACCCCGUUUCUGCAACUUACAGCAGAGAGUCAGGAAACUAUACUUCCAGUAAGGUGAGAGCUUAACCAACUAUUAGCAGCCCAGAAUGCGAAGUCUCUGCUUUGUCCGAUAUAUGAAAAAACUGUGGGAUCCAGCACAAACAUACCGUCUUCUGAGAGUCGCUAACCUGCACAGAUCUGCUUGUCACAUGCAACACAAAAAGGUAAUGGAGGACAACAAACCAUGGGCUCUGUUCUCCGAGGUGGGCGAAAACGGUUACCUGGAGGAAUUCACUGAUAUAAUGAAACAACACUUCAACAUCGUCUGCCUCAAAGACUUCCAUCAAAACUCCCAGCUGUACGGUCCUAAGAUCCAGGCCAUGUUCGUGUGGUACAACCUCCCCCCGGCCGAGCCCUCAUUUCUCCGCUUGCUCCCCUCGCUGAAGGUGGUCUCCAACGGAGGAGUGGGCAUCGACCACCUGGAUGUGCCAUACAUAAACAGCCUGGGAGUAAAGGUAGCCAACACACCUGGUGUGGUGAGCGAUGCCACGGCAGAUAUCGCAAUGGCUCUGCUGCUGGGAUCUGCACGGAAGAUUGUUCAGGGUCACCAAAUAGCCACGGACAAAAAUACCACCCACACACCACUAGACCUGAUGGGAGUUGAGGUCACAGGGUCGACUCUGGGGAUUAUUGGAAUGGGACACAUCGGCUGCAAGAUAGCUCAAAGGGCAAAAGGGUUUGACAUGAAGAUCCUGUAUCACAAUAGGAACAGGAGGAGCUCUGAAGACGAGCAGGCGGUCGGGGCGAGUUACUGUGAGAACAUGGACGACCUGCUGCAUGAGUCAGACUUUGUCGUUCUGUCAGUCAACCUGACCCCGGAAACCACGAGUCUGAUCAGUCACAGAGAGCUCUCCCUCAUGAAACCCACAGCAACACUGGUGAACAUCAGCAGGGGUCUGGUGGUGGACCAGGAUGCUUUAGUCAAAGCGCUGCAGUCUGGAACCAUUUGUGCAGCAGCAUUGGACGUGACUCACCCUGAACCUUUACCAAGGGAUCAUCCUCUCCUUCACCUUCCUAACGUGCUCAUCACUCCCCACGUCGGCACCAACACUCAUAAUACAACAAGAAAGAUGGUGCAGAGGAUGGUUGACAAUGCCGUGGCUGCAGUGAACGGGCGAUCUAUUCCCAAUGAAGUCAAGCCAAAAUAACUAACUGAUUCAUCUGGCUCCAGUUGUUGCGAAAUGAAGUACUUUUUAUAGGUCUUAACCCGUCCAGUGAUCUACUGUAAUGAGUGUUAUAACUGUUUAAAACUGUUUUAAAAUUACUUAAGUAGCAAUUAGACAUGUUUAAAACCAUAGGUCUGUGAACAAAUGUUGGAUGAGAAAUUACAAGUUGAGAUAAAUGUGUUAGAGUGAGCGGCACCUCAUUUUUUUUUAUUGAAUAGCUCUUACAUAAAAAAUAGAAAAUUCUGCAAUGCCUGAAAACAAAUAAGAUAAGAAGAAAUAAAGCUACCUCUGAUUUUGCA